CAUCACGCCGAGAUACAAGAAUAUAACACAAGACUUUCAACGAAUACCUUUAACAAUCAUGCAUUUCAUUACUAUUCGCAAUAGAUCCAACCACGACCAACUGUUCAAAUGCAAUGGCCAUUACAAUGGUGGUAGGGACUUGGUUGUUAACGCCAACGGAGAAGCCAGGCUCGAGGCUCCUGAUGGCACUUCUGGAGCCAUCAUCGCCGUGCAUGAAGGCGUUAUCGGUGAGCAAUGUGAAAUCACCAAAUGCGGCUGGAUGGGAAAUGAUACGAUCGACAUUAGCAACAUCUGCGGUGCUGGUGGCAACAUGACUUGUCAGCAAGUCGGAGACCCGGCUGGGAAGUUCAAGGGCCAUGAGACUUUUAUGCAGGCAUGCAACAAUGCCUACCACAAACUCUCCGCGGAAAAGAAGAAUCAGCUAAAUGGUCACGUCUUCCUUGAUGGCAACGGCAACGUCAAGCGCAUUGGGGCGCCAAAGGACUUCCAGCCCCUAGAAGAGUUUGUGAGGACUUUUGCUAAUGGCAGGACCUAUAUCGGUAUUGGUUCAUGGAACUCUGGGCGUGGCAAUCCUAAAGACGAUGAGCAAAGCGCAGCUGGAAAUGGAAGCAAGGACAUUCUCAUUACUUACAGUGAUGGGAAUGCUGCUCCCGACCCCAACCAGGGAUUUACUAGUCUGUCUGUUGAUGCGGCUGCUUUCCUAUCGCUCGCUGCAACCCCUGGGGGGUUUCCCGGGCAGCCUAGCCCUGCCGGACCUGGUAUCCUCUUGACCAAUCACUCUAGCAAGACGAACAAGUACUUCUUCUACAAGAACUACUGGGACGGCAACGGUGAGGCGGGCGCUAACUUCGACAAACCGCUUAAAGACGUCGAACUGGGGCCGAACCAGACCGUGCACGUACCCCUGGGCCUUGAUUUCAAGGGCCGCGUGCAGCGCGGAGACCAGCAACCGGCCACAUGGGGCGAGUUUCAAGUCAAGGCUGCCGACGACGGGCGUGCGCACGGCGAUAUCUCGAUCCAGCAGGGGUGUGAUUGCGCUGCGACCGUCGCCUCGACGGAUGGCACCAACGUGCUUAACGGGUUCACCGAGGACAUCAUCAGGGACGCGCCGGCAGCAGCGCUCGACAAGAAACCUAACGGCGAGAAGACCCUCGCAAGCACCGAAGGUAACUGGAAAGGUCCUGGAAACCAGGCUGCUAUCGAUUGGGAGUACCAGAAGCUGGGCAACAGCAAGGCCUACAUUAAGGGGGGAACUGGAGUCCCGGAUGUGGCUAGCAAGAACAAUUGCCUUCACUUCACCUUUUACGUGGUGUAGUUGCACAGCAGCAGUUUGGUCGCUUUUUUUUCGCCGAAAUAUUGGGGUAUCAUUUUAUAGGUAGAGGUAGAUGGCUGUAUUGGGAACUUACUGGUUAGGCUUGCAGAUUUGUUAGAAGGUGCUGGAUAUGCAAUUAACAUGAUUGGUUCAAUAUUGUACAUUUACUUAGAUCUUCCUGCUAGUAUUUCAUAUCGACGACAUUCAGAGCAGAUACCUACCUCUUAGACAGCUAUGUCAGAUACUUGUGAGAUAGCUG